GACACCUAUAGACAUUUGAACUUUUUUGGACCUCUGAAGCUGAGAAAACACAAGCAAUACGAUAGAGAAUCAAAUAAGAAAUCUACUCACUUCUGCUGAUCUCUUGGUUUGGAUGAAUCAGGCUUCAGAUUAUCAGUUGUUUUGGGAGAACAGCAAAAAGAUGUCUGACACAUUUGAUGUCCCACGUGUGCGCUCUGACAGUACGUCCACCAUGGCAUCUCAGUCUACUUCAUCACGGAUGAUUCUUCGCGAGCGGCUCGCUCAGUUGCUCGUCUGCUUAGAAGAUCUCAGCUCAGAUGAUGAGGCAAAUGAGGAAGUGUCCCGUACGCUAGACGAAGCCUUUUACCUCUGUGGAAAAUACACCAACAGAGAGUCCUUCAGGCUGCACAUGGUCACAUGGAAUGUUGGCACAGCGGAGCCACCAGCUGAUGUGAGGUCAUUACUGCAGCUUGACUCACAGCCGGCCACUGACCUCUAUGUGAUUGGUCUACAGGAAGUGAAUGCCAAUCCAGUGCGAUAUAUCUCUGAUCUAAUUUCUGAGGACUCAUGGAGUCACCUUCUCAUGGAUACCCUGGCACCAAUGGGAUAUAUAAAGGUGACUUCUGUGAGGAUGCAGGGUUUACUGCUGAUAUUGUUUGCAAAGCAGGUCCACCUGCCUUUCAUCAGAGACAUCCAAAGUACAUACACUCGCACAGGCCUAUUUGGAUACUGGGGAAAUAAAGGUGGUGUGUCUGUACGUUUUUCAUUCUACGGUCACAUGCUGUGUUUUCUGAACUGUCAUCUGGCGGCUCAUAUGAACUACGCCCUGCAACGGAUGGAUGAGUUUGAAUAUAUUCUGGACACGCAAGACUUUGAUAUGUACAACACACCACAAGUGUUUGACCACAAGGUAGUCUUCUGGUUUGGUGAUCUGAACUUUCGUAUCGCUGACCAUGGGAUGCACUUUCUUCGCUCCUCGAUCAACAAUGGCCGCUUUAACCUGCUGUGGAACAGAGAUCAGCUGACCAUGAUGAAGAAGAAAGAAGCUAUUCUUCAGGAAUUUGAAGAGGGACUGUUGUGCUUUAAACCCACGUAUAAGUUCGACCGUUUCUCGGAGACUUACGACACAAGAGUACCAAAGACAUGGUUUGGCUUUAUUGGUAAAAAGCGGAAGCCUGCCUGGACGGAUCGUAUCUUGUGGAGGAUAAAACCCAAAGCUAUAGACACUGAGGAUGAGAAUAGCUCGACAACAUCAUCAGCUGACGAUGAUGAGUAUCCUAUUAAGGUGACGCAGGACAUGUACACCUGUGAUGUCUCGUAUGGGGUCAGUGACCACAAACCUGUCAUUGGGACCUUCAAUCUGGAGAUGAGAAAAAAGGAGACGGCUCUAGUCACACUAACCGUGGAGGGACACUGGAGUGCAGAUGAAGACGCCACAUUCACCUACACCAUUCUGGAAAACUGUGAGUCCUCAACCUGGGACUGGAUCGGAUUGUACAAGAUUGGCUUCAAAAGUGCCUCCGAUUACUCCACCUUCGCUUGGGUCAAAGAUGAUGAAGUGGCUGCCAACGGCGAAGUCGUGACGGUCCAGAUGAGUAAAAAUGAGCUCCCCUUGCUGGCAGGGGAUUAUGUUCUUGGCUAUUACAGCACCAACAUGCAAACCCUCAUUGCCUUUAGUCCGACUUUCCAGAUUCUCGAGUCUCAGCAAGCUGUGAUGGAGGGUCUGGUACCUGAGAACAUCAACGGACAUGAGAAGUAACGGGCUAAUUUCUAACCUCUGGGGCAUAUGUUCACAUAUGUAAAAAUUACAGCAGGAGAUCUGAAUUGAGAUCGGAUUUGCCUGUGUAAACAGACCUUGCUCAGUUUGGUUUUGAAAGAUAAAACGGAUUCUGAAACAGUCUGGAAUAAUGAGUUUGAACUAAGGCUUUAAAAUUUCCCAGAUAACCAGUCUAGUCACCAAACACACUGAAAUACUCGUUUUUCGUUCUCUCUUUAUCUGCAGUUCUUGUUAAAUGGUAGGAGUUUGUUGUGAGCUUCUGUAAACACGCACACAUAUACAUUGCGCUAUUCUAAUGUAAUAUGUAGUACCUGUAUAUGCCACUAGAGGACAAUAAAGCAAUUACCAACUGUAUUCAGAAACAUCCCAUUACUGAGAACCCUAUCCCAUCUGUUUAGUUACUAUGGUAAACUCAAUGAGAACUGAGAAAUAGAACUUUUUCAAAUUAUAAGUCAAAAAUUAAGACCAUGGAAUCUGUGCCUGUAUAACUUGAAAGCUCUUUUGAUUUAUGUAGAAACUGACCGUGCAAAUAUCUACACAUUUCUCAAACAUUUUUUUUGUUUUGUUGCAAAUUAGAUACUAAUAUCACUGUAAAACUAAUAAGAGUGUAGAACUCUCAGAAUUAGGCCUAUAUUUCAUGCCAAAAUCAACACAUAAAUGUUGAAAAAGUCCUCAGUAUU